AUGUACAUGAUUUCGGAUGAUGAAAUAAGCUACUCCAACAGCAUGAACAGCGAAGAAGAAAUAGAGAGCGAAGAAAACAGUGAAGAAUAUUCGAAAUAUUAUGAAGGGGAAGAAGAGGACUAUAGCAGUCAUAAUGAUGUAGAUGAUGAGAACGAAUUUCAGUUAUUCAAAUAUGUAUGUAUAGCAUCAUUAGAUGAGUUAGAAAUAAUAAUGAAAUGUAGUUUUCUAAGUCGUGAUUCAGAUAUAUCUGCUAAUAACAUAAUUAAAAAGAUAUUAAUUGCUUCAAAAAAGAAAUUAAGUUAUUGUAAUAAGAAAAUCCUUAAUUGGGAUAAUAGAAUUAUAUAUUUUAUAAUAUGCAGUGAAAAGAAGUUGGCAUUAUUUUUAAUAGGAUUAGAUAUGAAAGCAUAUUUUAAAAAUUAUGCUUUUGAAUUUUUGAGAAAAUUAGAAAUAUAUGCUAAAUCGGAUUUAUUUUUUAACCAGAAUUAUAACUCAAAUAAUAUAAAUCCAUCAAAGGCGCAAACAAUUCAGCGCUUUAUGAAACGUACAAUAAUAAACCUUAAUGAAUGUUGUAAAGAUGAAAAAAUUAUUGCAGUUAAACAAAAGCUAAAUAAAAUUAAUUCAGUAAUGAAUAACCACAUAGAUAACUUAUAUCAGUCCAGGGGAAACAUUAAAGCCUUACAGUAUAAAACAGAAAACAUGUCAAAAAACACUUUAAAUUUUGUUAAAAAUACCAAAAAAUUAAAAAGAAUUAUGUUUUUAAAAUACUGGAAAACAUACUUCUUUUUAGCUUGUUUUGUAGUCAUAGGAUUCAAGGUUUAUAGGUCUAUUUGA